GAAAAUUGGAGGUGAGGUGGUCCAUUAUUUAGUUAUCCACUUUCGCGGGAAUGAAAACGGUUGGACAAGGAGAAUUGAAGAAGCUUCAGAGUCCAGUAAUGGCGGUUACUCUCUCUUCAACUCUGCUCGGCCAAUCUUCAUUAUCAUUCUCAUCUCAUACUCCCAGUAAACCACCGUAUCCUUCUUCACUCCUCCAUAUCACAAAAGAUCGUGCCGUUGUUCACUGCUCAGCCCAGAAAAAAAUAAGCUUCGUUGAUCAAAUUCUUGACUACAUUGAAGGAGGACCCAAGUUGAGGAAAUGGUAUGGUGCACCUCAACUUCUUCCUAAAGAUGGAUCUACUGUUGAAGAUGAAGAUGGGUUUUCAGAAAAAGGGGAAACAAGGGAUGCAAUUCUUGUCACAGAUGGAGAUAGUGAAAUUGGUCAGAUGGUAGUACUGUCAUUGAUUGUCAAACGAGCUAAAGUUAAAGCAUUGGUCAAAGAUAAACGAAGUGCAAUGGAGGCCUUUGGAACUUAUGUUGAGUCACUAGCUGGAGAUACAAGUAGCAAGCUAUUUCUAAAUAAAGCUCUUAGAGGUGUUCGUGCGGUUAUUUGCCCAAAUGAAGGUUUUCUAUUUAAUGUUGGAAGCUUGAAAGGCGUAAAACACGUAAUCCUCUUAUCCCAGUUGUCUGUUUAUAGAGGUAGUAGUGGCAUUGAAGCAAUGAUGAAAAACAAUGCAAGAAAAUUGGCCGAGCGAGAUGAAUUCGCUGCAAUGGCCUUAGGGAUUCCUUGCACCAUUAUCAGAGUUGGCAAUUUACUAAAUAUUCCUGGUGGAACACAAGGUUUCAACUUCGAAAAGGGCUGUGCAGAGAAGGGAACUCUUAGCAAGGAGGACGCUGCCUUCAUUUGCGUACAAGCCCUCGAGAGAGUUCCUCCAGAAAAUUUCAUCUUUGAGGUGGUCAAUGGAGAAGAGAAGGUUUCAGAUUGGAAAGAGUGUUUAGACAGAUUAAUGGAGAAAUCAGAGUAAUUUCCAUGAUGUUUCCUGGAGAAAACACAUCAAUUUGUCCCAUUUUUAAUUAUUAUUUUCAGUUUGGUCAUUUAAAGCAAAUGGAUUGCUUACAUUAUCUUUGUUCUUAUUUUACACCCACCACUUUAAAAAUGUAAUUAUGAUUAAUAUCUUUA